AAACACCCUCUUCACUGUCAGUGUACAGGGGUGAUCAUUCAAAGUGUGAACGCUACUUUAAAAAUCGCAGAUUCAUCCUGCGGGAAUUCAUUUUAUGACGAGGCGCUAUUUAUUUAGAAAAACUGUCAACGUGACUUUGGAGACAAGAGUGGUUCUUCCAGUAAUAACGACUCAGCCGCGCACUGGCCGUGGUCCAGACUGGCUCGCGAUGCGGAACGGAUCGGAGCGGUAUACUGCUAGAGGAGAUGAAGACAAGAGGAGAGGAGGAGAAGAGUAGAGCGGAAAAGGUGUACUGGCCCUUUAAGGAACACUCAAAUCCAUCGGAGUGUCGUAUCAGCCCCUUGAGAGAAUCGAAUCAGUAGCGUUCCUCCUUCAGUUAGAUAGGGACCGUACCUCAGCGAUAGAGACCCGCUACGCAGUUCACUGUACGGGUAGAGACGACUACUUUAGACACAUACAAGUCCAGACGCAUGGGGUAGCGUUAAUAACACAGCUAAUCAUGAGAGACAACUGGAUUCUAAUUAUCAUGCAGUUACUGUUGUUUCCGCUGACAGGUUGGUCCAAUCCCGUCAUCUUCCCCAGCGGAUCUCACCUGGUGGUUCCGAAAGGCGGGGCUCUGGAACUCCGCUGCCAUGACAACAACACCAACGCUCCGUCCACUGUUGUCUCAGGGGGGGUGAGGUGGCAGAGAGAGAGGGGCAGGCGGCUGGAGGGGGAGGUGGAGGAGGGAGGAGGGGUAGUGUUUGUUCGGGUGCAGUCUGCCCAGGGAUAUCACAUGGGACGAUACGCCUGUAUCAACAACAACACCAAGGAACACUCCUCCAUCUACGUCUUUGUGAAAGACCCCCAGAGUCCGUUUCAGCGUUCUAUGGUGAACGGCAUUCUGGUCCGCGUCGGGGAGAACCUGACUUUACCAUGCCUGGUCACCGACCCUGAUGUGACCCUCGUGACCUUACAGACCUGUGACUUACAACCUUUACCCUCCGACCUCCGUUACCACUACGACCCCCAGCGCGGCGUCAUCGUCAGCAAUGCCAGGAAGGAGUACGAUGGUUGCUACGUAUGCUUGGGCGAGCUGGCAGGUGUCACCGUGAGGUCGAGCCAGUAUACUGUGGACGUACGGCUAGUCCCUGAACAGCCUCCAGUCAUCAGUCUGUCCCAGAGACAGAGGGUGAUCCUGAGGAGAGGAGAGCAGUUUGAGAUCACCUGUAGCUCCUCCAACCUCAACCCUGACUUCAGCAUUAAGUGGGACUUCCCCGUUGGAGCGCGAGCCUUCCAGGCCCACACCUCCCACAUCCUGGCUGGUUCCCGUGGUUACCAACGCUCGGCCUCCCUCUGGAUCACCUCUGUCAACCAAUCAGACGCCGGGACAUACCGGUGCCACGCCCACAACGAGAAGGGCGCCACCGCCGAUACCCUGCACCUGGAUGUCCGUGAGCGAGGCUUCAUCAGUAUGCUGGGUGACUCCCGGCCUAGCCAGUCUGCUGUCAGAGAAGGGGAGAGCCUAAGCCUCAGGGUAGAGUUGGAGUCCUACCCCAGACCCGGCACUCUGUCCUGGGCUUACAACGGCAAGACCCUCCACAACACCACGGAGCACGUCAUCACUGUCCAACGACACAGAUACAGGUACGUCAGUGAACUGCGUUUGGUGAGGGUCCAUGGGUCAGAGGGCGGGAUUUACAGCUUUCAAGCCAAUCAUGAGGAUGCCUCUGUCAAUCAAUCAUUCCCUGUCUAUGUGAACAGUAAGCCUGUCAUAAUUUCCCAGGAGGGACCAGUUGAUGGACAGGUGCGCUGCGUUGCCGCCGGUUACCCGGCCCCUAAAAUCACCUGGUUCUACUGUGAACUCCCCCACACACGGUGUUCCCACCUGACCAACGCCAGCCAAUGGGAGCAGCGUGAGGUUGCCACGGUAACGGUGUCAGACUCGGCCUUCGGCAGCAGCGAGGUGGAGAGCCGACUGAACGUCACGAAGGGAGACACACACACACACUACCACACGUUGGAGUGUGUAGCGACCGUGCAGGGCGAGCAGGCUUACACACUGUUCUCCAUCAGCGAGCGCACCGUGCCCCAUAAGCUCUUCACCCCUCUGCUGACUGGUGUGGUUGUUACAGCUGUAAUACUGAGCAUCACACUGGUGGUUCUCCUCUACAAAUACCUUCAGAAGCCCAAGUUCCAGAUUCAGUGGAAGGUGAUUGACAGUAUCCACGGCAACAACUACAUCUACAUCGACCCCACCCAGCUGCCCUACGACCCCAAGUGGGAAUUUCCCCGGCAGAAACUACGCUUUGGUAAGACUCUGGGUUCAGGGGCCUUUGGUAAGGUGGUGAGAGCUACAGCCUAUGGACUCUGUUCUGCUGAUACCGUCAUGACUGUCGCUGUCAAGAUGCUCAAACCGAGCGCCCACUCCACCGAGAAGGAGGCUCUGAUGUCGGAGCUGAAGGUUCUCAGUUACCUAGGCAACCACGUCAACAUCGUCAACCUGCUGGGAGCUUGCACUGUGGGAGGGCCGACGCUGGUGAUCACAGAGUACUGUUGCUAUGGAGAUCUGCUCAACUUUCUGCGUAGGAAGAGAGAGACGUUCUUCAGCGCCCAGACUGCUGAUGGGUACUACCGCAACAUCAACAACCCCCGAGAACCACAGAGAGAUGGGAACGGUAGCAGUUACAUGCCUAUGCGUUCGUCUGAGGCAGACAGAACAUCCUCCCAGUCAGAUGAUAAGGGGUGUCUGAGUAUAGAUGAGUUGUCUGUGGACACAGAGGAUCUACUGAGCUUCUCCUACCAGGUGGCUAAGGGCAUGGAGUACAUCACCUCUAAGAAUUGUAUCCACAGAGACCUAGCAGCCAGGAACAUUCUGCUGACUCAGGGUAGAGUAGCCAAGAUCUGUGACUUCGGACUGGCCCGAGACAUCACCACCGACUCUAACUACGUCCUCAGAGGCAAUGCCCGUCUCCCAGUGAAGUGGAUGUCUCCAGAGAGUAUCUUUGACGGUGUUUACACCUUGGAGAGUGAUGUCUGGUCAUACGGUAUCCUGCUCUGGGAAAUAUUCUCUUUAGGCAGCAGUCCGUACCCUGGUAUGCAGGUGGGCUCAGCGUUCUACAGGAUGAUCCAGGAAGGACACAGAAUGAACAGACCUGAGGUGGCUCCCAGAGAAAUUUAUGACAUGAUGUUGUCUUGCUGGAGUGAGGACCCUCUGAAGAGACCUUCCUUUAGGAAACUAGUCGAGAGGACUGAACUAAUGCUGUCAGAACACACCAAGAACGUGUACCUGAACCUGAGCUAUGGAGUCGUUCCUCCAGACCAGCAGAGGGCAGCGUCUCACAGACUGAGCUCAGUGAGCAGCACUACGGCCCCGACACAACCACUACUGCUGAAUACUGCUGAUGUGUUUCUGGACUACGACACUGUCUGAAUAAUGGACACACACACACACACACCUACCUACUCAGCACCGCCAAUGUCUUUCUGGACUAUACACACACACACACACACACACACACACACACACACACACACACACACACACACACACACACCUACUCAGCACCGCCAAUGUCUUUCUGGACUAUACACACACACACACACACACACCCCAUCCCCUCACCCACUCUGUAUCUCAGUGUAUUGGACUCCAUUUCCCUGUAUUGAUCGGUCUGUGAUGUAUUUCAUGUAGUAUGUAACCUUUAUUUAACUAGGGCAAGUCAGUUAAGAACAAAUUCUUAUUUACAAUGACGGCCUACCCCGGUUGAUGCUGGGCCAAUUGUGCGCCGCCGUAUGGGACUCCCGAUCACGGCCGGUUGUGAUACAGCCCGGGAUUGAACCAGGGUCUGUAGUGAUGCCUCUAGCACUGAGAUGCAGUGCCUUAAGACCGCUGCGCCACUCGGUAGCAUGUAGCAUGUAGCAUGUAGCUUGUCGUCCAUAGACGUUAGUGCUACGGUCAGUAACCAGCCUGAGACUCCAUUGUGUGUUGUCUCCCCCGAUGAUGUAUUUCCUGUGUGUCUCCAUCAUUUGUUUUGAAAUGUUAUUUAACCUUUACGUUGACAGGGAGUCAGUGCUGAGACCAAGGUCUCUUUUCCAGAUGAACCCUGUAUAACACCACAAUACACAAUAAACACAUUAACCUACACAUUCAUAUACACAUUAUUACACAAAGAAAUACACAAAUAGACAAAUCACAAUCAUAAAAAUCAUAUUCUUCAGUGAAAAGGUCUAACAACUGUCUGAAAUGCCCUAGAGGCACCAAUUCCUCCAAUUUUAAAGUGUAUUAUAGAUCCUUCUAUAUGUAAACUGAAAGCCAAAUUAAAGGCUGAUUUACCUAAAAGUCUCUAGACACCAAAGAGAGUCUCCAAAGUUGAACGGGUUUGAUAACUUGUCAUUUUAAAAUCUUAACGGCGAUGCUCGGUAAGUCAAAAAGAAAGUCAUAGAUGUGAUGUACGUUACUUUAAAAAGAGGUCCGGCCAACGUUUUGGUUCAGAAUACAGUGACGAGUAAUAAAACGGUCUCCUGUUUAUAAAAACGACACCCAGGGGUUUAAGACUAGAGGGAGCUGCACUUUGAUAAAUACUAUCACCAUAAUCAACUACAGGGUGAAAGGUUGACGACACAAUCUGCUUCCUGCUAGACCAGAGAGAGAAAUCAUCUGUUUACGUCAAAAAGAGCCCACUUUAAAUCAUAGUUUCUUAAACCAGCUCAGUCGUACGUUUAUAAAAAAUAAAAACUGAUAAAUCAUUGUAAAUCCAAAAGAGUAUUUGUAUACAAGGCCUCGUCCAUCUGAGACAAUCUUGCGAGAACUUGAAAAUAACAAGUAUUUAGAUUUGCCUGUACUAAACAUGAGUUUUAAAAUCAGUAAGGGCUUCCUGAACAACUGCAAACUCGUCCUGUAGCUUUGUCACAGCCAUGGCAGCAGUUGGGGGAAUUGUAUAUAAUGGUGUCACAUAGAGGAAAUGUAAACAGAUUGACCAAUAGCAUUUAUAUAAAUAGUGAAUAGAACAGGUCCUAGUAUCGACCCUUGCGGAACACCUUUAUGUACAAAAAAAAAAAAAAAAGCCCCAUCAAUCACGAUGGCAUGAAUUCUGUCACUAAGAAACCAUUAACAGGCGUCAGAGCUCAGGCCUUACCGAGGACAACUUAUUCAAUUCAAUUCAAUAGCAUGAUCAAAGUCUACAAACAAAACAGCACAUUUCAGUGUCUAAAGCAUUAACAACGAUCGUUAAUACUGAAGUGGUUACUGUAAUAGUGCUAUGCCCCAGGCCUAAACCCUGAUUGGAUGCCCAGGCCUAAACCCUGAUUGGAUGUCCAGGCCUAAAUCCUGAUUGGAUGUCCAGGCCUAAACCCUGAUUGGAUGCCCAGGCCUAAACCCUGAUUGGAUGUCCAGGCCUAAACCCUGAUUGGAUGUCCAGGCCUAAACCCUGAUUGGAUACCCAGGCCUAAACCCUGAUUGGAUGUCCAGGCCUAAACCCUGAUUGGAUGCCCAGGCCUAAACCCUGAUUGGAUGCCCAGGCCUAAACCCUGAUUGGAUGCCCAGGCCUAAACCCUGAUUGGAUGCCCAGGCCUAAACCCUGGCCUAAACCCUGAUUGGAUACCCAUGCCUAAACCCUGAUUGGAUGCCCAGGCCUAAACCCAGCAUGUAGUAGAUAUACAGCAUGUAUAUCUACUAACACAGCUGUUAGUUUAAACAACCAAUACGCUAUAGUCUGACUGACACAUCUAUACAGCAUGUAUAUCUACUAACACAGCUGUUCAUAUACAGAAUACACUAUCAUCAUCAGAACAUUUCCCAGGACAUAGACAUAUCUGAUAUGGGCAGAAAGCUUCAAUUCCUGGCCAUUAUGUAAGCCAUUAUGUAGGCCUACCAUAGAGAUAGAUAGAGAUCUCUAGAUGAAUAGAUGGCAUGCUAUGCUGUCACAGAUACAAACAUGAGAUCUCUGUCCAUCUCUAUGAGGCCUACUGACAACUGUCUGUAUCUUACCUUGGUAAAGGACCAUCUAUUAUUUUGGAGAAGCCAUAGAGUAGAUGUUCUCUGGUGUCUAGGCUAGAGACAGGUUGUAAGAGUAGAUGUUGUCUUUGGUAGAGAACUAUACAGCCCUCUGAUAGGCCCAACUAUAUACAGCCCUCUGAUAGGCCCAACUAUAUACAGCCCUCUGAUAGGCCCAACUAUAUACAGCCCUCUGAUAGGCCCAACUAUAUACAGCCCUCUGAUAGGCCCAACUAUAUACAGCCCUCUGAUAGGCCCAACUAUAUACAGCCCUCUGAUAGGCCCAACUAUAUACAGCCCUCUGAUAGGCCCAACUAUAUACAGCCCUCUGAUAGGCCCAACUAUAUACAGCCCUCUGAUAGGCCCAACUAUAUACAGCCCUCUGAUAGGCCCAACUAUAUACAGCCCUCUGAUAGGCCCAACUAUAUACAGCCCUCUGAUAGGCCCAACUAUAUACAGCCCUCUGAUAGGCCCAACUAUAUACAGCCCUCUGAUAGGCCCAACUAUAUUCAGCCCUCUGAUAGGCCCAACUAUAUUCAGCCCUCUGAUAGGCCCAACUAUAUUCAGCCCUCUGAUAGGCUUGUGGAUCAUUUCCAAUUGGGGGAACUCAGUCGGUGUCUCAACUUACUGUUGAGAGUUCAAAUGGUAGAAUACAUAAGGUGCAAUGUGUUUGUGCAUCAGCAGUUUUAGUCUUGUUGUCUCAGUCACUGACAGUCACUCAAUUAGCCCAUGUCUGCAACAAACAAACAAAAAAUACGAUUGGUAAAUGAGUCUAGCCAGCUAUCUAAACUUGUAGUAAUUAUGGUCUCAUUACCGACCGGGGGCCCCCCAUUAAUUUUGAUUGUCACUCUCACUCAGAUAUUAUAUUUAAAAAACUGCAAAUAUUUCUCUCCACCCUAUGGCAAACUGUGUGGAAUUGCAAGAGGUAUAUGAUGUUUAAUUUUAUGAACGUGGGAACACAGACCAGUGAGCCACUGCAGCCCCUCAUGAUGAGGUCAGAUUUGUAGUGAAUACAUAGAACCAGGAUAGGCUCUGUCUGGGAAACAUAGAACCAGGAUAGGCUCUGUCUGGGAAACAUAGAACCAGGAUAGGAUCUGUCUGGGAAACAUAGAACCAGGAUAGGCUCUGUCUGGGAAACAUAGAACCAGGAUAGGCUCUGUCUGGGAAACAUAGAACCAGGAUAGGCUCUGUCUGGGAAACAUAGAACCAGGAUAGGAUCUGUCUGGGAAACAUAGAACCAGGAUAGGCUCUGUCUGGGAAACAUAGAACCAGGAUAGGCUCUGUCUGGGAAACAUAGAACCAGGAUAGGCUCUGUCUGGGAAACAUAGAACCAGGAUAGGCUCUGUCUGGGAAACAUAGAACCAGGAUAGGCUCUGUCUGGGAAACAUAGAACCAGGAUCUGUUUGGGAAACGUAGAACCAGGAGAGGCUCUGUCUGGGAAACAUAGAACCAGGAGAGGCUCUGUCUGGGAAACAUAGAACCGGGAGAGGCUCUGUCUGGGAAACAUAGAACCAGGAUCUGUUUGGGAAACGUAGAACCAGGAUAGGCUCUGUCUGGGAAACAUAGAACCAGGAGAGGCUCUGUCUGGGAAACAUAGAACCGGGAGAGGCUCUGUCUGGGAAACAUAGAACCGGGAGAGACUCUGUCUGGGAAACAUAAAACCGGGAUAAGCUCUGUCUGGGAAACAUAGAACCAGGAUAGGCUCUGUCUGGGAAACAUAAAACCAGGAUAGGCUCUGUCUGGGAAACAUAGAACCAGGAUCUGUUUGGGAAACGUAGAACCAGGAGAGGCUCUGUCUGGGAAACAUAGAACCAGGAUAGGCUCUGUCUGGGAAACAUAAAACCAGGAUAGGCUCUGUCUGGGAAACAUAGAACCGGGAUAGGCUCUGUCUGGGAAACAUAAAACCGGGAUAGGCUCUGUCUGGGAAACAUAGAACCGGGAUAGGCUCUGUCUGGGAAACAUAAAACCGGGAUAGGCUCUGUCUGGGAAACAUAGAACCAGGAUAGGCUGUCUGGGAAACAUAGAACCAGGAUCUGUUUGAGAAACGUAGAACCAGGAGAGGCUCUGUCUGGGAAACAUAGAACCGGGAGAGGCUCUGUCUGGGAAACAUAGAACCGGGAGAGGCUCUGUCUGGGAAACAUAGAACCGGGAGAGGCUCUGUCUGGGAAACAUAGAACCGGGAGAGGCUCUGUCUGGGAAACAUAGAACCGGGAGAGGCUCUGUCUGGGAAACAUAGAACCGGGAGAGGCUCUGUCUGGGAAACAUAGAACCGGGAGAGGCUCUGUCUGGGAAACAUAGAACCGGGAGAGGCUCUGUCUGGGAAACAUAGAACCGGGAGAGGCUCUGUCUGGGAAACAGAACCGGGAGAGGCUCUGUCUGGGAAACAUAGAACCGGGAGAGGCUCUGUCUGGGAAACAUAGAACCGGGAGAGGCUCUGUCUGGGAAACAUAGAACCAGGAUAGGCUGUCUGGGAAACAUAGACCCGGGAUAGGCUCUGUCUGGGAAACAUAGAACCGGGAUAUUCUCUGUCUGGGAAACAUAGAACCGGGAGAGGCUCUGUCUGGGAAACAUAGAACCGGGAUAGGCUGUCUGGGAAACAUAGACCCGGGAUAGGCUCUGUCUGGGAAACAUAGAACCGGGAUAUUCUCUGUCUGGGAAACAUAGAACCGGGAGAGGCUCUGUCUGGGAAACAUAGAACCGGGAGAGGCUCUGUCUGGGAAACAUAGAACCGGGAUAGGCUCUGUCUGGGAAACAUAGAACCGGGAGAGGCUCUGUCUGGGAAACAUAGAACCGGGAGAGGCUCUGUCUGGGAAACAUAGAACCGGGAGAGGCUCUGUCUGGGAAACAUAGAACCGGGAGAGGCUCUGUCUGGGAAACAUAGAACCGGGAUAGGCUCUGUCUGGGAAACAUAGAACCGGGAGAGGCUGUCUGGGAAACAUAGAACCGGGAGAGGCUCUGUCUGGGAAACAUAGAACCGGGAUAUGCUCUCUCUGGGAAACAUAGAACCGGGAGAGGCUCUGUCUGGGAAACAUAGAACCGGGAUAGGCUCUGUCUGGGAAACAUAGAACCGGGAUAGGCUCUGUCUGGAAAACAUAGAACCGGGAGAGGCUCUGUCUGGGAAACAUAGAACCGGGAUAGGCUCUGUCUGGGAAACAUAGAACCGGGAUAGGCUCUGUCUGGGAAACAUAGAACCGGGAUAGGCUCUGUCUGGGAAACAUAGAACCGGGAUAGGCUCUGUCUGGGAAACAUAGAACUGGGAGAGGCUCUCUCCGGAAACCAACUCUUCAUGUGUAAAUACAUCAUUAACUUUAGCUUUAUGCGCUUUUAGGGUUUGUUUUAUGUUAAUAGUAUGUGUGUGCGUUGGUUUUUACUAACACUUUUAGGCAGAGAAUUUUAUGUGAUGAAUGAUGCCAUGUAAAAACGUGCUUCUUCUGUAACGGGACCUAGAAUGGUUUGGAGGCUGAGGAUGUUUUGAUACAGUUGGUUGACUUGUAAUAAAGAAAGUACUGGAA